CCCAAACUCCGUAUAAUUCCGUCAUUUUCCCGUUUCCAAAUUUCGCAAUUUCCCAUCUCUCUUUCUCUCUCUUCUCUCUCAGUCUCGUGUGAUCUGCGUCGAGGUCGUUUUGACCCGCAACCUUCUUCAACGUCGUAGACGCCCCGGAAUUCAUUUCCGCACUUCCAUCUUCCCUGAUUCCGAUUCGCAAUCUCAGAUUCUCCCCACACUCGUGAUUCGCAACUGAAGAGAAAAACCUAAACGCCUCCGUCGAUUCUUCUUCUUCUUUUGUCUUGUCGUUUCUACAAUUUAUUUUUUGGCGCUGCUGGCGUUGCCGUUUUGCGCGGUGGUGAGCGUCGUUUUGGGUGGGUGGUGGAAAGAUGAAGUCCUCACUCAACAAGCUGAGGAAAUUGGCACUUAACAAGAGCGUUGGGAAGGACAAGAGGGACUUUCCACCUUCCGUUAAGUUCGAUGAGCUUGCUCUCGCUUCCAAGGAAAUGCAAGAGAUGAGAGAUUGCUAUGACAGCCUACUCGCGGCUGCGGCUGCGACAGAAAACAGUGCUUACGAAUUUGCAGAGUCACUACGGGAAAUGGGCAAUUGUCUUUUGGAGAAAACUUCAUUAGAUGAUUCUGAAGAAAGCGGUAAAGUUUUGGAGAUGCUUGGAAGUGCACAGCUGGAACUUCAAAAACUUCUUGAUAGCUAUCGAGCUCACAUAGUACUGACAAUAACAAACCCAUCAGAGUCUCUUCUUAAUGAACUAAGAACUGUUGAGGACAUGAAGCGGCAAUGUGAUGAAAAAAGAGAAGUUUAUGAAUACAUGAUCACCCAACAGAAAGAAAAAGGAAGGUCAAAAAGCAGUAAAGGCGAAAGUAUUACUCCACAGCAGCUGCAAGAAGCUCAUGACGAGUUUGAAGAAGAAGCAACGCUUUGUGCUUUUCGGUUAAAAUCCUUGAAACAAGGGCAGUUACGCAGUCUGCUAACACAAGCAGCCCGUCACCAUGCUGCCCAGUUAAAUUUCUUCCGGAGAGGACUUAAAUCUCUAGAGGCCAUUGAACCACAUGUUAGGAUGAUCGCUGAGCAACAACAUAUUGAUUAUGAAUUCAGUGGCCUUGAAGAUGUCGUUGAAGGUGUUUCUGAUGAUGAAUACACGGAAGCCAUUGAAGGAGGAGAAUUAAGUUUUGACUACAGAACAAACAGGCAGGGUCCUGAUAUUGAUUCCACAUCAAACUCAGAGUUGGAGGAAUCAGAUCUCUCGUUUGUUCGAGGUUCAACCACAGAAAAUGCAGAGAUGAUAUGUUUAGAGAAGACCCAAGGAGACUUUAAAGUCCCUAGCAGAGAUCCAAGGGUCAGCAGCUAUUCAGCUCCAAUACUUGCAGAAAAGAAAGUUAAAUUUGACCCGGCUGAAAAAGUAAGACAAAUGCUAGCAUCACCUACCACUAAGUCCAGUGCUUAUGUACUUCCUACCCCUCUCAACAUUAAAGAAUCAAAAGGUAGCUCUGUCCCUCGCCCAAGUGCAAGUGGGCUUCCUCAUAAUUUGUGGCAUUCUUCCCCAUUGGAUGAAAAGAAAAAUGAGAAAGAUUUUGUUGAUGGCAAAUUGUCAGAACCAACUAUCCCUAGACCACACACUGUUCUUAAAGAAAGCAACAGUGAUACUACAUCAACCCAAUUACCCCGCCCUUUAUCAGAUGGACUAUCUCCCCCACAAGUUGAUAUUUUCAGUGCUUCUGAUGCAGGUAAGAAAACCAAAAGACUAGCGUUUUCAGGUCCAUUGACAAAUAAACCAUCAUCAGGGAAACCUGUUUUAUCUGCCAUUUCUACAGGGUCAACUGAACCACCUCCUAUUUCUGUGGUUUUAACUCGUUUACCAGUGCCUCAGCCUUCUUCCCCAAAAGUAUCUCCUAGUGCUUCACCUCCUCUUGUUUCUUCCCCUAGGAUAAGUGAGCUUCACGAGCUCCCUAGACCCCCUGGUAAUCCAUCCACUAAGCAAGUGAAAUCUUCUAGAACAGGUCACUCUGCACCAUUAGUAUUCAGAAAUCCAGAGCAUCCUGUGAUCAAUAGACUUCCUACAGCUGUAUCAAGUGCAGCUUCUCCACUUCCAACACCCCCAAUAAUUGUCUCCCGAAGCUUUUCUAUUCCUUCUAGUAGUCAAAGGGCUAUGGCAUUAAAUGUUAGCAAGUUUUUGGAUAAUCCCCAAGUUUCAGAGCAGGCUGCAGAAUCUGCAUCUCCGCUAACACCUGCAAGCCAGAGAGCAAGAAUAUCUGACCUGGCUUCUCACUCUAGUGAAAUCCAAGGCUCAAACUUUGGACGGAUAGGAUAUCCUGCUGCAGCUCAAACAUGAAACUUCUUCUGGCAACAGUUCAAAAUAUAUUUCUGUGAUAAUAAAUUCCAUUUUUAAAAUUUUGGUUGGGCAAAUUGUAGAAUGUGUGGUCAGCUCAUGCUUAGUUCUUACUACCAGUUAUAGCAGGAUUUAUUCCUUUUCAUGUGUUUGAUCGAAAAUUGCUAAACCAUUUAAUAUAUACUCCAUAAUGAGUACUUGAGAAAAUAUUAGCAGAACUAGUUAAACAAAUCAGCCCAGCAAUUUGAUUAACCUCAUUAUUUGGGUUGCAAUUGUAUCUGCAAGCUGUAAUGUUUCACUGCAAUGACCAUUUUUGCUUAAGAAUCAAUAUUCAAUCCUGAUUCCACCAUGCUAAUGGGGGGAAAUUAUGUCUUUUGUUUCUUUUAUUUUAUAUCUUAUAUUCCAUUUAUUAUUUUGUUCUUACUCAUUUAUGAAUCUUGUGAAUCACUAACUCAUCUGAUAAUUCUAAUACGUGAAUAUGAAGUAAACAUUUUAGGAAGUGGAUUGUCGAUAGUGUGUCAUACCUACCCAAUAUAAUAUCUUUUAUAACCUUACAGAGUUGUUACCAAGAGAUGCACAAAAACUGGUCUUUAACGGCUAAUAUAUUUCACUGUCAUCCCUCUACUUGCAGUUAGAUGAAUCUGUUAAUAGAGCGCCUAAGAAGUAGUGGAAUCCAUUAUGUAACAGCCAAGCCUUACUCUUGGAUUGACUAGUAUUACAAGUACCAUAUCUCUUUAGGAUAUGGUCUCGAAGUCUCUAAGAGAGUUUAUAAGUAUGAGGCAUCUCUCACCUCUUGAGCUAGCUUUUGAGGUGAGUUAGGCCUACUCAAUUUUAAUAUGGUAUUAGAGCCUAUCCGAUUUAAUCUAGUUGGGCUACCCGCAAAUAUUCAUGCAGGGGGGGGUUAUUACAAGUUUCACAUCUCUCACGGAAUUGAUCUCUAGAAAGUUUGAGACAUUCUUUAUUUCUUGAGUUUGCUUUUGGAGUGGGUUAGGCCCACUCAAUUCUAAUAACCAGGCCAUUAACACUGCCAUCUCUUAUUCAUGUCAUGGAAGUUGCUUAUUAAGGAGGAAUGGGGUCAGCUAUGUAAAAUUGUAAUUACAAACGGAUAGCAUAGACAAGGUUCAGGAAUAUAUUCUAUUUUUAACAAUAAAAAAAAAUCAUGCAUAGGAGCAAAGAUCCAUGUGUAUCCUCUUAUGAUUGUGUGUGUGCAUGCACGUGUGUUUAAUUUAAUUUUAUUUUAUUUAUUUUAUUCUUUUUUUCCUUGUAAACCCUUGCAUUGUCACGGUGAUGAUGCUACAUCUUUGACUGUGCCCUCAUUCAAAGCACCGAUUAUUAACUUUUAUGAAUUAAGCUGAAACCAUUGCCCGUUUUCAAAUAGAUGAUGUUCUUCGUCUCAUUCCUUCACUUCAUAACUGCAUGGUUUGUGUUGUCAAUCAUGAUGAUCAAGCAGAAUUUGCAUUUUGCACCAACUUUCCUUGCUUUUGAUGUAGUUUGCCU